AUGAACAAUACCCUGAAAAGUCCUACAUACGCAGACGGCUUCUAUGCUGGCAACAUGAACUGCAUCUACAAUCUUUCGAUUCCAGAUGGCAAGGAGAUGAGACUCAAGUUUCAAAGUUUUGACCUGGCGUCAGAUUCAGAAUGCAGGUAGGAGUAAAUACGUUUAGCUUUUCUUAUCUGAAGUUUCAUUUUGAGGUUGAUGGUCAAAAACUUAAAAGCAUAGAAAAAUGUUAUCAAAUAGGUUUUUGUAAAAUAAUUCAGUCGUACCGAUUGUCACUUUCAUCUUUACGAUUAGGUCAGCUACUGACCCUUGAUCCCUGAUUGGUGGAUAUUUUAACAAUUACGAGAAUUGGUCUGAUAAACCGUUGUUUUGGCAUCUAGCUAGGAGAAUGUGUGGGGGUAUAUUUGUUAUUGUACAUCAACUUGUAUUGAAAGAGAUUUUCUUGUAGGAUCGAUUAUUUGAAAAUAACGAAUGGUAUCAAAGAAGCUCGAUACUGCGGUGACCAGCACAGUGUAAGAGACCUGUUUGUAUCAGGAAACUACGUUGUAUUAACAUUCCACUCGGACCGGCUGCUCGAGAAGAAGGAAGGAUUUGAAAUACUCUUCGUUCAAGAAAAA